GUGGUCAGAUCAACACUCUCCCAAAGCAAACAUCGUAAAUAUCUGACCGGGUCGGGAAUCUGCGGUGGGUAUAAAAAUGCAGAGGUACACAUUUCAGCUGUCAGUCGGUAAUCGGAUUUCGGAUAUGAUGGAUGCGUCAAAGGAAAACAAACAGGUGAACGGUGAAAAAGAUACCCCGGUGAAAAAGCCCCAGGUCAACGGGAUCUCAGACCAUUCUGACAUUAAAAAAGACCAUGUCCGAAAUAUUGCGGAGAGAAUUGAGCAGAAUAUAAAGGAACUAGAUAAACAGAGCUUAGCGGAUAGAAAGCCACUCUACACCGCGGAUGAAGAAAAGAAACUAUUGGACAGAUAUACAAAUUUCCCAAAAGAGAAAAAAGAUGUGUAUUAUAGAUUCUUUAAAAGUGCAGACACAUACAAUUUGGGAUUUUUGACAAUUUAUCAGUUUGCAGAAGCUGUACGGAAACGAGGAUUCAUUGGGAAAGAUUCAGAAAUUGCGACUAUGUUUGUGGACCUUGAUUCUAACAUGGACUGCGAGGUGACAUUGGAAGAAUACAUGGACGAAAUGUCAAAGAAAGACGCCAAGGCUCGAACGGAGGCUGAGAUGCUAGAGAUCUUCAGAAAAUUCGACAGAAAUAAAGAUGGCUUCAUCACGCGGGAAGAAUUGCAGACGACCCUGGAAGAGUGCAAAAUGAGACAGUUAGAGAUUGAUAUGGAUGAAAUUAUGAAGAAAGCUGACCGCGAUGGCGACGGGAAGUUGUCAUAUGAUGAUUUUAUGAAAGCUUGCCGCUUUAAGCCUAAAUAGACAAAGCCCAAAGAGAGUAUAAGAUUUAGAUCUGAGCUUUUUCUUGUAAUCAGAGCUAAUUAAGCUGGAAAUCUGUCAAAAUACCAACCAAAAGCGUUAUCUAUAUUACAGAUCAAUAGAAGACAAUUUGUACUUGUAGAUAUAAAUCAUAUUCUACGCAAGGAGGAGAGAUCUAUCAUGCAGUUAUUUACUAAUAUAUACAAAGGCAGACAAUUACAUACAAUGUUCUUGCAUAUUGAUUAUAUAUAGCAUAGUAUUCAAUUAUACGUCUAUAUGCAAUGAGGUCAUUUAUAGUUUGAACUGAAUUCGUGUUGCUUGCCAAUUUAUAAAUGACAUGUUAAUUUUGUAUAUUAGUUAUGUUUACUGAUACAGAAUAUGCAUUUAUAUUACUAAUAAUAAAACUAUUCUGGUCAUUUAUAGAA